UUUACCGGCGGAAGUGCACUUUCGGUGUCUGUCAAAGAGUCAUUGCGCUUCAUCGCACCUUUAUAGAAUCCUACAAGCAAGUCAUGGCAUUAUCUGGCAUUCGUGUGAUAGAGCUGGCCGGAUUGGCUCCUGUGCCAUUUUGUGGAAUGAUCUUAUCAGAUUUUGGUGCCAAAGUGAUUCGCAUAGAUCGAACAAACACAGUCUCAUCAGUGGAUGUACAGGGCCGUGGAAAACUAUCAGCAGCCUUGAAUCUGAAGAAACCUGAAGGGGUGGCUGUGCUGAAAAAUCUCUGCCUCAGAUCUGAUGUUCUAAUUGAGCCUUUCCGUAAAGGUGUAAUGGAGAAGCUGGGACUUGGCCCCCAGGAACUGCUUAAUGAAAAUCCUCGAUUAAUUUAUGCAAGGCUUACGGGAUACGGGCAGAGUGGAUCAUAUGCAAAAGCAGCUGGUCAUGACAUCAACUAUAUUGCAAUGUCAGGUCUGUUGUCCAAGCUUGGCAGAGCACAAGAAAACCCAUAUGCACCACUUAAUCUGCUGGCUGACUUUGCUGGAGGUGGACUGACGUGCGCCAUGGGCAUUAUAAUGGCUUUGCUUGAAAGGACUAAGUCUGGAAAGGGGCAGGUUGUAGAUGCAAGUAUGGUUGAAGGAGCAGCAUAUGUUGGGUCCUUCAUUUGGAAAUCUCAAAAAGUUGGUCUCUGGAACAAUUUACGUGGAGAAAACCUGUUAGACAGUGGGGCCCCUUUUUAUGAAACAUACAAGACAUCUGAUGGAAAGUACCUAGCUGUGGGUGCAAUUGAGCCCCAGUUUUAUGAGGAGCUAAUUACAGGACUUGGUUUGGACUCUACUCAGUUGCCACUACAGAUGAGUAAUUCUGACUGGCCACAGCUAAAGAAAAUCUUUGCAGAUGUGUUUGCAAGCAAAACCCAGGAAGAAUGGUGUAAGAUUUUUGAUGGGAAAGAUGCUUGUGUUACUCCGGUACUGUCACUAGAUGAAGUUGCCUCUCACCCACACAAUAAGGAACGUGGAUCUUUCAUGGUAGAUAGCCAGGGUGGUAUUAGCCCAAGGCCGGCACCCAUUCUUUCUAGGACUCCAGCUAACCCAAGCCUCAACAGAGACCCACUAAUAGGAGAACACACAGUUUCUAUUCUCUCUGAGUUUGGAUACAGUCAAGAAGAUAUUGAAAACCUUAUGUUGUCUGGAGUCAUAGCCUCUAACAAAACAAAAUCAAAUUUAUAGAAAUUUAAAUUGAUCAUUUUGAAAUCAAUUAGACUUCUAAUUCCAGCCAAAUUAUAGUCAAUAGAGUAUUUUUGCUAAUCAUUAGUGAUUUGUUUUUAAAUGCGUGUGACAAAACUAACAAUAUUUAACAAAAAGAUUGUAUUAUUUCCUUGAUUACUACAUAUUUUUAACCAAAUAAAGAUGAUGCUACCUCAUUUUCCAUCAGGCAUUUUGAAUAUGAAGAUCCAGAAGCAUCUACAACACUAUCAAUAAUACCAUCAGGGAUUACAAUUGGUUUUGUUUUUUCUUUUUCCUUCUCCAUGCCUGAGAAUCCUGAAUUUGGCAAAAAGGAAAACUAAUGGAUUGUUAGAAAAAGGCUUCCAAAUAUUCUCCUCAAGGGAUGUAAUGUUGGCUAUUUAGGGUCACAAGACCUGCUUUUGCAAGUAUUUAUUUGGUUUGGCUGCAGUUAUCUUUCAUUUGUUUAGAGUAAUUAUUGUGUUCACUGUAAUAGAAUCCUCAAAGUGAAACCAGUUUUAUCCAACAAAUUGGGAUAUUAAAUUAAUAAAAUUAAGUAUAACUAGAAUCCACAUUACAUUGAAAACCACCAGAAAACUGGAACAGAAUAUUCUCAUAAACAUAAUUGAAACAAAUAUUUAUAGAUAGAUUCAGGGACAUACAUGAAGGUACACAAUGUUACAUAUUGACGAGUUUAAAUCUCAGCCCAGACAGUAUUGGUGUGCCGUUUCUACAGCACACUCAACUAAUAUUGGUGCCCUGAGUAUGUACAAGUAAAAUGGGGUGCAAAAAAAAGUAAUUAUUUUGUAUUAGUUUGAUCAGUUUUAUUCAAAACAUUCACACAAUUCUAACCUUUAACUCAAGUAAAAUAAUUAAAAGGAAAAAGAAAUUAUCACAAAACAAAUACUUUUCUCAGAUAUGUGUGCCAUAAUUAUUGGCACUCUAAGCAAGUCAUUUGGGUAAAAUCUACCUGAAGAAUAAUCCCAUUCAGAUUUUACGUUUUUAAAAUCAUCUCAGUUGUUAGGCACAUGGGUAGGUCGUAGAUGGGCAGCCAUAACUUCCUGUUUCAUUGGGGUGUACAUAUGCGGUGGCACAUUGGCCAAAUUCCCUUAGUUCUCCAUCACAAUGGUGAAGACCCAAGAAUGCAGUAAUGAUGUGCGACAAAAUGAUGUUGAGCUGCACAAAUCAAAAAAUUCUAACAGACAACUGUUGAAUUGUUAAAAAUGCCAAUUUCCACAAUCAAGACAAUAAUUAAUACAUUUAAAAUCCAAUGAAGAUGUCAAGAAUUGCCCCAGAAAAGGACUUGUGUCUAUAUUGACCCACUCAUGUGGUGAUACAAUCUUAAAGCAUCAAAACUGGAGAAUUGUAGACAUUAGUUAGGUCUUAGGGUCAAAAAGUCACUAAAAUUCUACUUUACCAAACUUUACUGGAACGUCAGAUUAGAUGGAACAAAAAAAUACAGCUUUUUUAGCAACAAUUACCGAGGUGGGUAUGGCCUACAGUAGAUGCAUGAAGAAAAGUACCAUAUCCCGACUGUGAAGUAUGGUGGUGAACCAUUGAUGUUGUGGGACUGUUUUUCUGGCAAAGGCCCUGGACAUCUUGUAUAUUGUAUAUAGUAUUAUGAACUCCAUCAAGUGUCAGGAGAUAUUAAAUCUAAAUCUGACUACCUCUGCCGGGAAGCUUAAACUGGGCCGUGAUUGGGUCUUCUGGCAGGUCAGUUACCCAAAACACACCUAAAAUAAUUAACACAAAAAUGGUUUGGUGAUCACAAAAUCAAAGUUUUGCCAAGGCCAUCCCAGGUGCCUGAUGUAAACCCUGUUGGGAUGAGCUGAAGAUAAAGGGAGGUUCUACGUGGAGGAAAGCUCUCAGAUCCAACCUCAUUAAGCAUUUUAAGAGAAGACUUCCAAGCUGUUAUCCAUAUUUUUCCUUCCACAGCCCUGAGACAUGCAGUUUAGGCUAACUGGAAACUCUGAAAUGGCUGAGUGACUAUGGGUGCGUGCGUCUGUCUGUGGUUGAUUCCUGACACUACCAAAAUAGACUUCAUGACCAUGAACUGAAUUAAACAGAAAUCUAAAAUUGAUGAAUCAAAACAUAUUUUCAUCAUACAAAAAUGCAUUAUUACACAUUUUUAAAUAUAAUAAUAAAUAAUUGUUACCUUAUAUUUUAGCUAAAGAGUUCAUGGCUAUUUUUUUCCAUGAGUAUAGAUACAUUCAGAAUAUAUCUUGUAAACUAGAGUAUGUAAUCAAGGUCAUUUAAAAAUAUUUCUGAAAUACCUUCAGUAAUUUAUGUAUUUUAAAAGUGAGACCUGAUAUGAACAGGCUCUGAAAGGUAUAGUUUACACUGAUUCUUCACUGCUUUGCCACAAUAAUAGAUAGUGUAAAAAUCAUUAAGGAUUUUAUUUGAUUUACAAUGGAAAUCUUGUUGCUUUGGGACAUGUGUAGUGGUUUAAGUGAGCUGCAAAAAUAAUUAUGUUUUAAAUUGAAACUAAUGUUAGCUAAGCUAAAUGUUAAAGUCAUAAUAGGAAUAACUACUUGUGUGAAAUAUUCAGGAAUUUCUUCUAUAGCUUACUACACGCAAAGCAAUUGAAUCAUAACUGAGGUAUGUAUCUAUCUAUUCAUGCAGUUUCUGAGUACUCUGUUUUCCUUACAGGGACGGGUUGAGCAUGUCUCAGUAGCAAUGGGAAAGACUCCGCGCUGGGCAUUAUGCUGGUUCAUCACAGGGAAUGCUCACUCACAUGCUAGGAAAUAUCCACAAGGUUUUGCUUCCUAAAAAAUGUUGGUGAUUAUAGCUUCAAGCUGAACAAAUACAGUUUCAGACUGACUGUAUCAUGUAGAAAUAUGGGGAAACAUGAAAAUAUUGAAUUUAAUAUGUUUAAUGAUGCUGACGCAUUGCAUUACUUCAUCUGUGCUAAUACUGUUUUACUGCUGAAUUUUCGAUGCUGUUCACUUCAGUGUCCAACAACAGUCACCAGCAUUCAUGGAUUUCACUUGCCUUGAUACUGUCUUCCAUUGUUGGCAUAUUCUGGUGAAAUUUGACACCAUGUUUGUUACUAACUGCACCAAGAUUAGCAGCGAAGAAGCCCAAGUGUAAAUGUGCAAGUGUGUUUAGCAACAUGUUGCACUUCAUGAUUUUAUAUAUUUGAAGCAUGCAGUCAACCAGUUGAAUGUAGUUUGUUGCUUUGUAGUUGCCAAGAAAAUCCUCACCAACAUUCUUGAAUACCUUUCAUGUGAUUUUGCUCUGGCCCCACUUAUAGAUCUUCAAACCACCUGUCAUUGGUGACAUGUCUAAUUUGUGGACCAACAAAAAUGCCCUCUUUAAACAUGGCAUCAGUUAUUCAUGGUAACAUCUAUCUCAAAUAUUGAAAUCCUUUACCUUCCUUGUUCACUGCUUUCAGAAAAUACGUCAUCAGUUCCAAGUUUUAUAUAAACUAAACACUUAUGGAGCGGUCAGUUCUUUUAUUGUAAUGAGAUUCUUCAGCAUGGCUGCCCCAUUCAUAAAUGAAACAACAGUAUUUGGUAUGGCUGAGCUGAAGUCCUAGUAGCAGUGCCACUACCUUUAAAUGGGCACAGAUGUUCCAGUUCUAGAUGUUGUACUGUAUAUGUACAGUAUACUUAUAAUAUCAGAGGAAAUCACAACAAUAGGCAGCUACAAUAAAAUGGUAUGUGAUUGAAAAAUGUAAAGGUAAUUUUUGUGGCCAAAAGGUAUACAAAUAAGUGUCCAGGAAGCAAAAUCUUCAUUAUCUAGUGUAAUUAAUAUUUUCACAAUACUUUAGUCAGAUGUUAUGUACUAUGCGCAAGCAACACUGCUACUGCACAGCAUUUUGGAACUGUCUUCAGUGGAGAGUUAGCUUGCCAACACCCCCGCAUGUUUGCACCUUCUCAAGUGCCGCUGGAUUACUUACAUGGUCUGGAGAAAUGCAGCCGUACUGACAUCCAUUAUCCAACCUGCUAUAUCCUAACUACAGGGUCACGGGGGUCUGCUGGAGCCAAUCCCAGCCAACACA